AUGAAAGGUAUAAGAUUGAUUGAUAAAGAUGGGGACAUUUUUUUUAAUUUAGCUCCCAAGCUUGAAACGUUUGAUCUCAGAGAGGAGGGUUUCUCAAUUUACCAUUUGGAGAAUGCAAACUAUCUCUUCAAAGCCAAGAUUUAUCUUCCUGAACAUUAUGCAAGUGCAUUAGCACCGUGCUUUGUUGAGCGUGCAAGAAGGCUUCUGGCGGGGAUUCACAAUGUUAAGCAUCUAACCCUUUCAAUUCAUCUUUUGGAGCCUGGCCUUCUGCCCGCUUUUGAUUAUUUGAACCACCUGAAGCUGGAUCUUUAUGAAUGCAAUCACUGGAAUUUGCUAACAGAGUUGCUCAAGAGAUCACCAAAGCUGGAAUAUCUUGUCAUACAACUUUAUGACGGUUUAAUCUGCGACGAAGAUUAUGGACACCUGGAGCACGGAUGGAAUCCACCAGCUUUUGUGCCUGUCUGCUUGUCAUUGCACCUCAAGACCAUCUCAAUAUUGCGAUUCGAGGGAAGGGAGGAUGAGAUGGAAGCGGCAAAGUAUUUGCUGAAACAUGGCAAAGUUUUGAAUAGGAUGAAUAUUCUUACCAAUUACUUUCAGCCGAAAAAAAAAGAGUUAUAUAGGGAAUUUUGUUGGUUUGAAAGGGGUUCGAAGGCAUGCCAAGUGGAAUUUGAGCAUGAUGAGUUUUAGGGAUUUUAUUCUCUGUUUUAGAAAGGUUCUUUUGGCAAAGAAAACUAAAGCAAACUAUGUAGUUCUUCUUAAGAUGGUACUGAAUAAUCUAUUUGCAUUUUAGUUUCAA